AUGCAUCCGACAAGUCUGACUGAGUGGCGCAAGCUGCCUUUGAGUUUGAGUGAGCUCUGUAUCAACACAACUCUACGAUGCGGCCAAUCCUUUAGAUGGCAGCACCUCCCCGACAACGAAGAAUGGCGAUGUGUCCUCUAUGGGCGCUUUCUUUCACUAAAACAGGAUUCUGAAUACCUGUACUAUCGCUCAACUCCUCCUCCCCAUCUUCACAUCCAUGCCGCCUUGCAACAUUCCUCCCACAACGAUGUCGAAGACCCGCUUGUGCGCAUUAUCAACCAUUAUUUCAACCUAACGCCCAGUUUGACCGAUCUCUACUCCCAAUGGUCAUUGAACGACCCAAAUUUCAAGAAGAAGGCCUCGCAGUUCACCGGAAUUCGAAUCUUGCGCCAAGAUGCCUGGGAGGCAUUGGUCUCAUUCAUCUGCAGCAGCAACAAUAACAUCGCUCGCAUAUCCCAAAUGGUGGAAAAGCUAUGCACGAUAUAUGGACAAAGCGUGGCGGAAAUUGACGGCCGCACUUACUUCGACUUCCCAAAGCCCGAACGCUUAACCGGCCCAAAUACGGAAAGCGAGCUCCGAAAGCUAGGAUUUGGCUAUCGGGCUAAAUACAUCUAUGAAACUGCUCAGACAAUAGCUGAGAUGCGGGAGAAAGGUUGGCUGGAUCGUCUUAGCAACCCUGAGUGCCCGGCAUUCGGCGUGGAACCCAAACCCAGCAACGAAAUGAAACCAGAGGGGCGAGAUGGAUACCGUGAAGCUCAUGAGAAGCUCCUAGAGCUCAAGGGAGUGGGACCUAAAGUGGCAGACUGUGUAAGUCUGAUGGGUCUUGGAUGGGGGAUGUGGCAAAUCGCACAGCGAGACUACCGGUUCGGCAAAAGCUCCAGCAAGACCUUGAACAAGACUACUUACGAUGCUGUUGCAAAUCACUUCCGCAAGCUCUGGGGUAAGGAGGCUGGAUGGGCCCAUAGUGUGCUCUUCACGGCAGACUUGAGGACAUUUGCAGAUAAACUUGCCGCUACAAAGAAGGUCGAUGUGAAGGUGGAAGAGACAAAGUCCGAGGUCAAGAUUGAGACGGACGUCACAACUGCCAUCGCUUUGAAAAUGCCAGAAGAGGAAGACGUGGACGGUAAGGUCAAGGUCGAGGAUAUAGAUGUAGCCGUCAAGACACCCAAGGGCAAAAAGCGCAAGGAAUCAGACGGUAUAAUCCAUGCUGCUCAUACGACAGAGACUCGAAGGAUAUCCAAACGGUUACGGCGCUGA